ACCCGCAGCCAGCAGGUAUCUGCCCUCUCGGCUCUUCAGUGUUUACCAAGUACCAAAUCCGCGAGGCAUAGAGCGUCAUUAGUGUAAUUCUAAAAACAUAAAAAAAAGAAAACAUCCUGUACUUGUUUUCUUCAACCGGGUGGAUACCCGACUCGGACAAGUCUCGGAUACGACCACGAGGACGUUCCAGCUAUGUGCAUCGGCUGAGGAGACGAGCACCGGGGAAAAAUCAUCAGUGGACGUGAAAAAAUCGUUUGAUUACAUUGCAUGUGACUGAAAUGUAUUGUGCGUGUCAGUGACCUCGAGAUGCAACAUUGGGGCUCCUGCCACCGUGCCGUCUUGGCGCUGGUCACGGCCUUAUCCGUAGUCUCUUCAUUCGACGUUUUCCCUACUUCAAAACACAAAGAGGAUGCUGUCCAUGUUACUGCCGGUGCAGGCCCGCAGAUACUUCCAACGAAAACCGGUGAUUUACAACUGAAUUCAGACGCAACGAUAAAACAGUCUAUAGAAUCGACAAGUGCCCAAAGACGCAGUUCCAACGGAGAAUCGACUUUUGACACCCGAAGGAGCAGAGACAGGACCGUCAACGAAGGCUACCGUCCUGAUAUCCAACAGCAUUUCAACUUCAACAAUGAUUUGUCAAGAAACUAUUACGAACUCGUACCGACAAAAAGCUAUUCUGUCGUUUCGAGCAAAAUCCCAACUACGACUGGUUCGGGGGAAGGGAAUGGGGCUCCCCGAGGUCGAGAGAUUCCUCAGGCGGAGCCCUCGAAUACUGCCACAUCGGCGGCGACUGUCCCGAGAGGAGACAACCGAAAGACUAACCCUGAUCUUAGGGAAUUCAUAAACGAUUUCGUCAAAUACCUCAAUGGAAACGGUCAGCCAGGAAGGCCGGCCAUGAUAAGGAACAGGAUCAACAACAGGGGUCCACCGAGGAUAUCAGAUCUUCCUCCUUUGCUGCUCGACCCGGCUCCUCCGCCUUCGCUCGUGCCACCCCCUUCUCUCGUUCCUCCGCCUCCACCUACGACCCACGACCCUCCGCCUUAUCCUUUCGAAAAACCGUUGGACAAACACGUCGUCAAACCUUUUGUGUCCGGCGUCCCCCUGCCAGAACAGUUGGUGCCGACCAAUCCACCGAAGCCUAACAACGUCCCGCCCAGUCUUCGGCCACCACUCCGCCCGACGAAACCAAAGCCCGAAUAUGAAAAAAAGAACGAAAACAAGACAAAAGAUAGUACCAAAAUAUUUAUGGAGCCCACGGCUAUAACUCCCAUAACGCAAGCAGUUAUAACAUCGUCUGAUGUGAAAAUUUCACCGUCUACAUCCCAGAUACCAAAGAUCAACGCGACCAAAGUGAUCGGAGUCGAUGUUUCCUCGACCGUUAACAUCGUCACUACUGCGACUCCUACUUUACAACCGAAUAUUUCCACCGGUUCUUCCACGACAAUUGAAAUGUCCACGACCGAAGCUACAACAACAAAAAGGACGACGACCACUACCACUACGACUGAAGACGCACCGACCACCGUCUCGACCACAUCCAAACUGAAUGAUAAAAAUGUGGUGACACCCAAAAUUGAGUUCGUUUCGACUACACGACCGGCCGAUCUCGGCCAAAAAGUUGUCACAGACUUCCCUUCGACUUCAGUCUCUUCGCCUCUGAUCGAAUCGUCCAUCGUCGAAGCAGUUACUCAUAAAGACGUCCAUAAGCAGACAAAAUGGGACCAGACGUCAAUCGCAACUAAACCGUUUAAAGAGACAAGUCAUAGUGGAUACUUACCCAGACCCGGCAUUGUUCUUGACGAUCCUGAAUACAAACCAGGGUUAAAGCAAAGGCCAAUUGUAACUGCCCCUGUUAAAGGGGAAAUAUUUGAUGUAACUGUAUCUGCCAUUCAUGGUCCUGCUUCUAGUACCGGUCAACCAGUAAUUUACCCAGUUGAAUUGGAAGGAGUUAGUAUACCCGGAGCAGGGAAUGCAGAAAUAUCUGUUAUAACAACUGCAGAAGAAGGACAACAUUUUGUGUCAAUUGAUGGAAAGAGAACGUACAUUAGUCUUUUCGGUGGUAGCGAGACAGCUGGUGUAAAACCGACAAGAGCUCAGACUAUCAAAUCCACUGCAGGGGUGUAUGGGGGUGUGCCACAGCAAUCUAAUAAUAGGCAAAAACGACCUCCUCAUAAGCGACCUCAGCAGCCUCCAGUAAGGAUUGACACGUGCAUUGUCGGUGACUGGAGCACUUGUGACACUGACCAGCAUGAAAUAUGUAGAACCGAACAAGGCGUUUCUUCCUGCCACUGUGCUCCCGCUUACAGCAGGCAUAGCCACCGACAGCCGUGUAAACGGGUCGUUUCCGUAGUGGCUGCGAUCCAGGUUGAAAAAAUAUACGAACAUAAAUUAACUUGGAAUGACAAAUUGAGAGAUGUAGAAUCCCAGGAGUAUCUACAAUUGGAGUACGAGGCCGUUCGAGCUCUUGAAUCGGCAAUGUCGAUGACACCGUUUUCUGAUGCAUACAUGGGUGCUAAGUUGAACAACAUUUUCACAAUUCCUGGGUCGACACUCAAGCCUGUUUUCAUCAACAUGACACUGCAGAUUGAGGAGAACGCAGAAACAAUACGGCCACAGAUCAAAAUGGAGAUUCAGAAACAACUCCUUGGAGCUAUCCACAGAAGGAGCAACAAUAUUGGAACGAGUCCUCUUUGGGCGACACCAGUCAAUAGCGUAUCACAUCUUCACGAUUUGGACGAAUGCCGAUCACCAGAACUCAACGAUUGCCACAUUGCUGCAAGUUGCAAGAAUACAUUCGGUUCUUUUGAGUGUACAUGCCCUCAAGGAUACAAAGAUGACUUUUCUUUAAAUCCACACAAAUCUGGAAGGAGGUGUGAAACUUGUACCUCCGACUAUUGUAAUCAUAGAGGAACCUGCAGCUACAAUAAUGGCCAGCCUGUCUGCCAGUGUGCUGGUAACUACUAUGGAUCACAGUGUGAAGUAGAUGGUGAAGUUUUGGGAGUUGCCAUAGGUGCCUCAGUCGCAGCCAUUAUUAUAAUACUAUCAACGUUGGUAUGCUUGUGUAUGUGGAGCCGACGUUGGAAUAAAGAGCAGAAGAUGGCUGGUAUUGGUUCUCCUGUAUUCGGAUAUAUGCCUUCUGGUGGUAGUACUGUAAAGACACCUGGUAUAGGUGCCCCGCCUUAUCAAGUUUCACUUGAGGACCGACUGAGAUGGGCGCAGAUUGCCGAUGUCAUGGCACAGAGCACAAACCAUUACGCUGUAGGUUACAAACCUGAACCCGUCGGAAUUGCUACAAGGCCGUCCUCAGCUAUGUUCGGAUAUGGAGGAACUCUCCCUAUGGCUCCUAUGCCAUUGCCUAGACUGGGUUUAAGACCUGGAUCAACUCAUAAUACACGCCAUGACUCUAGCAGUGAAGAGGAAGACAGGACAGAUCUCCUUGGGAGAAACUUUCAUGUUCCUAGGCCCAAAAGUCGUGGCUCUAUUGCUAACCAAAGUGGGAUCUAUUAUGAUGUAGAUUAUGAGCAACAGGGUGAUCAUUACACAGGAACAAAGCAUCCAGGGUGCAUAGCUUUGAACACCUAUACAAUGGGACGAUCUCACUAUUACCGGACAUAGACUUUAGUGAAAUUUUUGUCCUCAAUUCGGAGGUUUCAACAUGAAAUAUAUGUUUUUCUCAAUUGAAAUGAAAAAUAUGCCAUUUGUGGAAUGAUGUUUGGAUUUUUCUCACUGACAAUUUUCAAUCAAAGAGAGAUAAAUCUAAAGAUUUACUUGAAACUUUUGAUCUGUACAGUUUUAUUUUGAUGUACUAUAAAAAUAUAUAAAUACUCAAAUUAGAAUUUUAAAAACGAUCAAGCUUGAACAAAUAUCUUUCCAGUUUAAGUUCAUUUGAGCAAAACCAGGCAAGGAUUUUUGUUUGACCCCAUAUCAACAUGUUUAUAAUUUAUAUAAAACUUCAGUUUUAAUUUCCAUGUAGGUAUUAAAUAGGAACAAAUAAAAUGUAUAUUAUUAUUUA